UUUCAACCCCACAUAAAGAUGAAUUUCCUUGGUUUGCAUAUUAUUACUAUCGGACUACUAGUGUUCUACGCCAAUGUCACUGCAACGACAGAACCAAAGCCCACUUUGUAUGUCUUUGGUGAUUCGAUGUCUGACAUUGGCAAAUUUGGGCAAUUGGUGUACGGGAUUGCACCAAGAUAUCCGUACUGGCAGUACAGAUUCUCGAGUGGCCCGUACAAUAUGGCUAUUGGAAUGUCAACUGCUAAUAGAACUCGCGGCUGGCACCUGUCCUUUGCUCCGACCCGUAUAUUGCCCUCAACACUCGACCAAAUACACAGCUUCAAGAGACUGACCUUGGACUUCAAACUACAGACGGUAUCCGCCAAAGACAUCGUUGUGCUGGAAAUUGGGGCAAACGACUACCUCUUUAUGCUUGACGAGAUAACCAGCGGCCGUACUAGCCCUGCAGAGUUUGCUCAUGAUCUUGUAUCCGAUGUCAAGCAGCAGGUUGGCCUUCUCCAACAAAUCGGAUUUUCGAACAUAGUAAUCACAAACCUGCCACUUAUGCAGUACAUGCCUGCUGCCCGCUACCUGGACUGCGAAGUUGUUACUGCCAGGGUAGUAGAAAGCUACAACAGCGAGCUUUCCCGGCAAUUCAGUAACUGGGCACAGGUGUCAGGGCUAAACUCAUUUAUUUCCAUUGAUAUGGCUAGAUUCUUUGAACUGGCAAUAAUGCCAAGCAUAUCCAGUGCCUUAGGUCUCGUCGACACAACAUCAUCCUGUGUGGGUGCAAAUAUCUUCAACUUGUUAGAGCCGUCCACCAAUAGGACAGAAGGGAUAAUGAAGUUAUUUAUCGACCCAUAGGAAAAUAUUCGGUGCAAGGAUCCUGGUACACACUUCUUUUUUGACAUUGCUCAUAUGAGUGAGCGCGUACACCGGCUUUUGGGGUAUUAUGCUGCGGAGGCUGUCUCUGCAGAAACACAUGGCCAGUCAUAUG